AUGGAUCCCAGCGUUUCGGGUCGGGAGGGUUUCUACGUCGGCCUCUCCCUGGCUCUCAGCUCCAGCGUUUUCAUAGGAAGCAGCUUUAUUGUGAAAAAGAAAGGGCUCCUGCGGCAGGCGCAAAAGGGUUCUCUGCGAGCGGGACAGGGUGGACAUGCAUACCUGAAAGAAUGGCUGUGGUGGACCGGACUUGUGCUAAUGGGAGCAGGAGAAGCGGCCAACUUUGCCGCUUACGCCUUCGCCCCGGCCACAUUAGUGACGCCGCUGGGAGCCAUGAGCGUUUUGGUGAGCGCGGUGCUCUCCUCGUAUUUCCUGAGCGAGCGGUUGAACGUUCACGGGAAGACCGGGUGUUUGUUGUGCAUCUUCGGCUCCACGGUCAUGGUCGUCCACGCCCCGCAGGAGGAGGAAGUGGCGUCGCUCAGCGCCAUGGCAGAGAAGCUCAAAGAUCCCGGGUUUGUCGCCUUUGCCGCGUGCGUGGUGACCUGCAGCCUGGUGCUGAUCUUCGCCGUGGCCCCGCGGUACGGCCGGAAGAACGUGCUGGUGUUCGUCCUGAUCUGCUCGACCAUCGGCUCCCUGUCCGUGUCCUGCGUCAAGGGCCUCGGCAUCGGCAUCAAGGAGCUGUUUGCGGGGAAGGCCGUUCUGCGCGAGCCGCUCUUCUGGGCUCUGCUGCUGUGCCUGGUGGCCUGCGUCAGCGCGCAGAUCAACUAUCUGAACAAGGCCCUGGAUGUGUUCAACACCUCCGUCGUCACGCCCAUCUACUACGUGUUCUUCACCGCCGCCGUCGUGGCCUGCUCGGUCAUCCUCUUCAAGGAGUGGCUCCGCAUGACGCCCGACAACGUGCUGGGCACGAUCAGCGGCUUCCUCGCCAUCGCCUUGGGCAUCUUCUUCCUGCACGCCUUCAAGGACGCGCCGUUCUCCUGGGACUCCCUGCCGCUCUUCCUGCAGGCGGGCUCGGGUCAGCCCUACGUUGCCCUGCCGAGCAAGGAGACGCCUGUCGGUGCCGUGGCGUAG